AUGCUUGUCAGAAAACAAGGGAAGCACAAGUUCAUGUUGUGGAAGCAACGGUUUGUGCUGCUGCUACAGAUAAUACGUGGCAUCUUUCUGAUGUGCCUCUGCCUUCGUCAAUAA